AACUCAUUGGGUCGAAGAGAUGGAUGACAGGUUCCGAGCCAAUGGGAGGGAGGGCUGCCGAGGCUGCUUCCGGUGGGGCCGCGGAGUGGCGCGGUGGGAGGUGUGGGGGGCGGCUGUUCGCUGUCGCUUUGCCUUGACUCUCCAGGGAGUGUUCUCCCACGUGCGUCUCACCCGAGCGCCGCGGACCCACGCUCGCCGGAGGUUCGUACACUGGGCACGCAGGGCCGCAGUGGUACUGCCUCCGCCUCGGCACCAGCUCCACGGAACCUGGACUGGACCGGCCGCCGCGAGGACCGCCAGGACCGCGGUGAGCUUCGCCGUGCGCCGCCUGCGCCGUGACGUAGCCGCCACCCUCGCGGGCGAUUGGCCCCGGGCGGGCGGCUGCGGCAGCCAAUGGGCGCCGCACCCGAGGCGCAGGCCUUCCGAACGACUUUCUCGCGCCCUUACUUCCAUCUUUGUCAACCAGAAGGAACGGAAUUGAGCGCUGAAGUGGGUUAGCCGAGGACGCAAGGCCCCGCUAGCUGCAGAAGCAAAGGGGAACCCUGGAGCUGGGGGUCACCCGUCACCGUCUCCCUGGGGUUCCGCCCUCUGCCCCGAGCUGUGUGGUUGUGUAGCGGUUACCCUCUCUGUCCAAUGGCGACAGUUGUCUUUCCCAACAUUACGUGGGAUGAAGUGCCCAGUUCGUGGGGCGCUGAGCUUGCCUGAGUCCAAAAGGAGGACGGGGAAAUCGCCCCACCCUAGGCAGUCCCGCAUUGUCCUAAGUCUGGUAGGGCUUCAGCCCAGGCUCCCGCCCAGCGAACCCUGUGGAAGCAUAUCGCCGGGCUCUCUGGUUUGGUGACCGGGACUUCCCCAUCUUACAGGCGAGGCCGCUGGCGGCCGGCAGGGGGCGCUGCGAGGGCAUGGCCGAGGAGCGCCGCGGGUCCUGGUUCGGCUUCGGUUUCUGCGGCUUCGGGCAGGCGCUGGGCUCGGGCCGCGGGCGGCAGGUGACCAGCCCCGAGCCACUGCGCGCUGCGGGCACAGACGCAGAGGUCUGCAGCGUGAGCGCCAGCUGGAGCUACACCGCGUUCUUGAGCCGUGAGCGCUCUGGCCCAAUCCCUCCCGGCCCCGCCCCCACUUGUCCCCGCCUCCUGCUCAGCUGGCUCCCCGCUCCCGCAGGUGCAGGCCAGGUGCAGCUGUCCGGCUCGGCCCGUGGAGCGGCGGAGGGCUGUCGGGACGCGUGGGCCUCAGAGACGCUACUCGUGGUGCUGCGCGACGGGCGGGGACCUGGGGCUGGGGCUGAGCUGCAGGCCUGGGCGCCCGGCUCGGCGCUGUGUGGGGAGCCCCUCUGGGCCCAGACCGUGGUGCCGGAGGCUCAGCGGGAAGACCGGGAAGACGGAGAGGGCGACGGUACCCGGGCCCGGCCUCUGCCGCUGCUGCCCGGCGCCCGCGCCUACGUGAGCCCGCUGUCGCCCCUGUACCGGCCCCUGGCCCCGGAGCUGCGGGCACGUCGGCUGGAGCUCGGCACCGAGCACGCGUUGCUGCUGGACGAGGCUGGCCAGGUGUACUCCUGGGGCGGGGGCAGGCAUGGACAGCUGGGCCACGGGACUCUGGAGGCAGAGCCGGAGCCCCGGCUGUUGGAGGCGCUGCAGGGGCUGCCCAUGGCCGAGGUGGCCGCCGGUGGCUGGCACUCCGUAUGUGUGAGCGAGACUGGGGACGUUUAUACCUGGGGCUGGAAUGAAUCGGGGCAGCUGGCCCUGCCCACCAGGAGCCUGGCGGAGGACAGAGAGACAGUCACGGGGGAAACCACAGGACUGAGCGGACAUGGUCCUGGAGUGACGGGAACCACCGGGGAUGAGGGCGGAGCCCCUGCCUCCUGCAUAGCCCUGCAGCCCUUCCCAGCGUUACUGGACCUCCCCCUGGGCUCGGACGCGGUCAAGGCCAGCUGUGGGUCCCGGCACACAGCCGUGGUGACGAGAGCCGGGGAGCUGUACACCUGGGGCUGGGGUAAAUACGGACAGCUGGGCCACGGGGACACGACCAGCCGGGACUGGCCCUGCCGAGUGGAAUACUUUGUAGAUAAGCAGCUCCAGGCAGUGGCUGUGAGCUGCGGGCCCUGGAACACCUACGUGUAUGCAGUGCAGAGAGAGACGAGCUGAUGGCUACGGACAGGCGUGAAAUGAGUGUGCAGUAAAAAUUCAUACAGGUAACACCUGUGAAGCUCCCCCCCUGGUUCGAGAAGCACCGUUGCCGGCCCCU